GCUUAGCCAAAAUACUUACCCAAAAGACAAGCAAUUCUUAAGGGGGAAUAUGAGGGUACAUACUUGUUACUUUUGUUCCGGUCCAGUUUAUCCUGGACAUGGAAUUAUGUUUGUUCGAAAUGAUUCAAAAGUCUUUCGUUUCUGCCGUAGCAAGUGUCACAAAAACUUUAAAAUGAAACGCAAUCCUCGUAAGGUUACUUGGACCAAGGCUUACCGUAAAGCACAUGGCAAAGAAAUGGUCUAUGAUAAGGCAUUGGCUGUCUCCGCUGCUCGUAGAAACAUUCCUGUACGCUACGACCGGAAUGUUGUGGCUACCACUUUGAACGCGAUGAAACGUUCUGCACAAAUCCACGCCAAGAGAGAACGCAUGUUCUACAAGAAGAGAAUGGCCGGCAAGAAAUCUCAGCAAUUGGCGGAAGCUCAAAAACUGGUUGGCCAGAAUGUUCCCCAAUUUGCCGAGCGCGAGACCAUGGAAGAGAAGCCAAGCGAGCCUCAAGAAGCUCAAGUUGUUUCCGACGAGGAAUAUGCUAUGGACGAGGAACCUGCCGAAGCUGUCAAGAUUCCCGUUGCGGCUACCAAAAAACGCAAAAACAAAAAGUCACGCGGCGAGGGCAAGAUGGACAUGGACUGAAGCGCCCUGUCAAAUUUGUAAACUUUAUGCAUCGGCUAUAUUUCUUUUCUGUUGGAAAAGUUGUCUCUCUACAUCUUUACUAAAACGAUGUCAAUCGUUUUAUCUUCCUUCAUUUUUUUGUAUCCCUUUUGAUACUUAAUCAUAGAAUAUAUAUGCAACGGCCUGUUUGCUGGUUCGUUUCUUUGUAUCCUUUUGGGUCUAGGACUUUUUGAGAAAAAAAAAACUAUUAUGGUUAGUUUAAUGGAUCUGGUUUUAAUCUUAUAAUAAUGGCUUCUGCUAGCAUGAA